AUGUCUUCCACAACCCUCAGCACCGCCAGCGCCGUCCCCACGGCCUGCACAAACCUCUAUGACACCCCCAACCAGGACAACACCUGCGCCAUGCCCUUCAAGGACAACCACACCGAGAUCAUGCAGAAGUGCUGCGGUGACGCCAAGAUCGUGAGCUACUACAACGGCUGCGGCCUCUACUGCGUCGCCCUCGACCAGACCAUCGGCGAGCUCGCAAAGUGCCUCUUCGCCAACGGCGCCCCCGACGCCGACGUCUUCUGCAGCGGCAGCAAAAAGACCACAAAGACAAAGGACGCCGACGUCCCCGCUACCGCCCAGGCUAGCGUCAUCUCCGGCGACGAUGAUAAGGAUGAUGAUGACAAGAGCUCUACUGGUACUGCUUCUGGUACCUCCACCAGCACCGGUACCAGCUCUUCCAGCUCCGAGACUUCUACGGAGAGCGGAAACGCCGCUGCUGGCUUCGCUCCCAAGUCUAGCAUCAACACCCUUGGCCUUGCCAUUGGUGCUCUGCUCUUCUCAUCCAUGGCUGCUGGUGCUUUCCAGCUGUAA